AUGGCGUCGGUUGAGACAACACUGCUUACGUUGGCUUUAGUACUUCUUUUAAAAAGAAAAAAAUGUAAAAAAAAGCGAAUCUAUUGGAUAGACCCAUUUACGAGUGAAAAAAGAUUGAGUGGUCAUUAUCAUACAACGUUUAAAAAAUUGGUAAUACAUAGAAGAUGGAAGAAAUUUUAUACGUGUUAUCGAAUGUCAUAUUCGUCAUUCCAAGAACUUCUUUUGAUCCUAAAACCGGAGUUAACUCGUCAAAAUACAGUAAUGAGAUCAUGUAUAUCGGCAGAAGAACGUUUGCUCAUCACAUUGAGGUAUUUAGCUACGGGUUGCUAUUUCUCAGAUAUUCACUAUGACUUUAAGUGUGGACAAACGACGGCAGUCAUUAUAGUCCGUGAAACAGUGAAAAUAAUAUGGGAUAAAUUAAAAAACAUCUGCAUGCCAGAACCAACCGAAGAAUCACAUCUAAAAACUGCUGAAGGAUUUAUGAAAUACGCAAAUUUUCCCAACCUACUUGGGGCUAUCGAUGGGAAACAUAUUAGAGUUAUAAAACCUCAACAUAGUGGAUCAGAGUAUUUCAAUUAUAAAAAAUAUUUUUCCAUCGUAUUGCUUGCAAUAUGUGACGCAAAUUACAGAUUCAUCGAUAUAGAUGUUGGAUGCUAUGGAAAGGCGGCAGACUCAACAAUAAAUGAAUGUAGUGAAUGGACCAAAAAGAUAAGGCAAGGAAAUUAUAAUAUACCAAAUGCGAGACCAAUAUCUAAUAAUGGAGUGCCAAUACCAUUUACGUUUGUUGGAGAUGAAGGUUUUGCAUUAUCUCAACAUUUACAGAGACCUUACGCUGGAAAAAACUUGCCACGAGAAAAAAGAAUAUAUAAUUACCGCUUGACACGUGCCAGACGAUACACUGAAUGUACAUUUGGUAUAUUAAGCAACAAAUUUAAAAUCUUUAAUCGACCACUGAACGUUAGCGUGGACUUCAGUGUGGCUAUUGUGAAAGCCUGUUGUGUACUGCAUAAUUUUAUACGUGAACGUGACGGUUAUAAUUUUCAUAAUUCUUUGAGUAUAGCUGGUUUAGGAGAUCCUCCUGAAGAUGCAAGUUUGAUUUUGAUUGGUGCAAGACGGUCACAGGGACAAUUAAGCGGAACUACGAUACGAAAUAUGUACACUGAUUAUUUUAUUAGCGAUGAAGGUGCAGUACCAUGGCAAGAUUCAAAAAUUUAG